AUGACGAGUUUUUUGCCAUUUCAUCAAGGCUUUUUCAUAAUUUGCGAAUAUCAGGCAUAUAAGAAAUUUCUGGAAAAACACGGAAGAGAGAAGCGGAUCAGAGGACUGGAAAAGUAUAACAACGAGCAAAUGUUCUUCAUUGGAUACGCUACGGUAAUUCAUAAUGAGCUGGUGUGGUCAUUCAACGCAAGAUGCACUUAUAGACCAGGUUCUUACCGAUGUACAUUCUCCCAGAACGAUACCGGUAAGCAUGCUUACUGCUGA